AAACAGGUCCGUGACAGUCUCAAGUUUACAGCACAGCGGUGAGAACAAAGACGGUUUGGCAUAAUUAUUUACCACUGUAAAAACCCUAUUCCUGUUACCAAGUGCAUUGAAACGGUUGCUUAGACCAUGAGGUGUAAGGAGUCGAAAACGCCUCAUUGUGUAUUUAAAACUUCCAUCGAAUGUUCAGAAUCUUGUUUCUGUUUGGGAUCCAUGUGAAGUGUCUACAUAAAGAUUGUUUAAUUUCAGUCCGGUAAAGGGAAGUGGAAGGACACAGGUGCUCCCAAUGUGUAAAAGAAGAAGUGGAUUGCAAAUCUUUACCCCCCCUCAAGAUUAAGGUUCAAUACAUCUGUCUAUGGCAGGAAAGUGUCCAUAGUGCUCAUACAUUUUCGGCAAGGUUCUACAAGGAUUUUUGGACUUCCCAAAUAGAUGCUGUCAAUCUCUGAGCUUUCUGGAAGCUGUUGAACGGUCUUAAGUCAGUCUAAAACUUACACUUGACCCUUUGUGAUCAUGACAUUACAACCAGGUUACUCUAUUAACUCCACUGCGGAGGACCAGGACAGCGACUCUACACCACUUUUAGAAAAAGAAGUUGAAAAAAUUACAGCGACUCCCAAAUGCUGCUCUGUACGAUGCAAUCUGGCUGCUAUGAUGUUCUUUGGUUUUGCUGUGGUCUAUGGUCUACGUGUAAAUCUCAGUGUUGCUAUGGUUGCCAUGGUUAAUGGAACCAAUGACCAGUCAUCUCUCAAUAGCAAUGUGUCAAAUGAAUGUCCAGUACCCCCCCAUACACUUGACAACAACAGCCAAAGCUCAGAACAGACAGAUGGGAUUCCAACAUACCCAUGGAAUUCAGAGACACAGGGAAUGCUGCUUGGUGCUUUCUUUUUUGGAUACUUGUUUACUCAGAUCCCAGGUGGAUACCUUUCAGGUCACUUCGGAGGAAGCAUCUUCCUUGGUGGGGGUGUGCUUGGAACGGCAGUCCUUACCCUCCUCACUCCACUAUCAGCAAAACUUGGAGCCAAAUGGCUGUUUGCCUUACGUGCACUGGAGGGUUUUGGUGAGGGUGUGACUUUCCCUGCCAUGAUGGCCAUGUGGGCCCGCUGGGCUCCUCCGUUGGAGAGGGCCCGUCUGAUGACCUUCUCAGGUGCAGGGUCUAGCUUUGGGGCCUUUGUGGCUCUUCCUCUCACCGGUUUUAUCUGCCAUAGUCUGGGUUGGCCAGCAGUCUUCUACUUUUGCGGUGGUGCUGGGUGUCUUUGGGCAGUUUUUUGGUUCAUCUUGGUGUCAGAUGAGCCAAGAACUCACCCCAGAAUCAGUGACCAAGAGAAAGAUUACAUAAUUAACUCAAUAGGUUCACAGGGGACACCACAUGGUUGGUCAGUACCUGUAGUAUCUAUGCUGUUCUCCAUGCCUCUUUGGGCCAUUAUCAUCCCACAGAUGUGUAGCAACUGGUCUUACUACACUCUGCUCACCUCACUUCCUAUCUACAUGGACAAUGUGCUCCACUUUGAUUUACGGCAGAAUUCGUUACUCUCUGCUCUCCCUUACCUGGCUGGCUGGCUGUUCUCAGUGGGUGCAGGUGUGUUAGCAGACACACUUCUGGAGAGGGAGCUCCUGAGUGUCACAGUUGUCAGAAAAAUCUUCACUUUUAUUGGUCUGUUUCUACCUGCUGUGUGCCUGCUUGCUGUAGGCUUCUCGGGUUGUAGUGGUGUGCUGGCUGUGACAUUUCUUACUACAUCCAGUGCGCUCGGCGGUUUCAGUGCUGCUGGCGUCUACAUUAACCAGAUUGAUAUUGCACCAAGGUAUGCGGGCAUGCUUCUAGGAAUCACCAACACUUUUGGGACCAUUCCUGGUGUUCUUGCACCAAUUGUAGUGGGUUACAUGACCAAAGAUCACUCAGUUAUGGGAUGGAGACACGUGUUCUGGUUGUCCGCAGGAGUGAGUGCCUUUGGAGCCAUCUUUUACGUGAUCUUUGGCACUGGAAAGAUUCAGAGCUGGGCGAGGACAGAUGAGGAAUCAGAGGCAGAUAUGCACAAUUAAAACAUUCCCGUCGACCAAUUCAGAAGGAAGCAGUAAAUUUACCUUAUUUAAUUGUUUUAAUCUAUACUCAAGACACUCUUCGGGUAUUCUUUAAUUAUACUUCACUCAGGGCUUUUAAUAGAGUGCUGUUUACUGCUCUGGUACUUUUCUACCAGUUGUUAAACAGUUAAGAGUUCAGCUAUAUAUCAUUUCAUUAUUAUCAUAAAAUGUCCACUUGUCUUUAUGGUAUGUGUUGUGUAAUAUCACAUAUAUUUAUCUCAUAAUCAAUGUAAUAAUAUUUUACAAAUGUGAAAUAGAACAGAUUAGGGGGACCAUUCAACCAUACUUUUACAAUAUUGGGAGAUACUUGUUUAUUAGCACUUUAAUGGCUCAGUAUAACCCUUGUUCAUGCUUUAAUAAUAAAAAAGGUAGUUGUGCUAGUGCUGCAUAGGUCAUGAAUUUUAAACAGGAUAAAUAAUUAUGCGCCAUUAAUUUGUGUCAUUGUACACAGCUGGGCAUGUAAUUUUCAUUUAAAGCAUAGUUUAUAACAGUUUGACUGACAGAGACGGUACAUUCAUAUUUACUUGAAAAUGAAUCAGUUUUGUCACAUUAAAAUCUUCCUCUGCUUAAUAGAGACAAUCAGAAAGGGAACAUCAAUAUGUUUAAAAUGUGUUAAAUUAAUGUACAAUAUUCAUUUGGAAACUUGAAAAGUUUAAUAUUUUGAUUGUUUAAGCAGUUUACCAUUGAAUGGUUUUUAAUUGUAUAAGUUAAUACGUUUUUUUUUUGUUUUUUUUUUUUAAAUGUAAUGAAUCAUACUGCUAUACUUUAAUGUCAAAAUGGUACGAAUAAGGAUACUUUUAAUGGUCCAGUAUUAUGUAUGAUGGUUAAUCACAAUGUAUUGUGAUUUUGGGUCGUGCUUGAUAAAUGCAAUAUUAUUAUUUUUACAUUGUUACAAAUGUAUUUCUAAUGGUUUCUAGUAAUACACAACAGAAUAUUGAACUUAAUUCUCAUCUGAAUAUAAGAAAAAUGGGGGCAACUUAACAGUAAAUGUAAACAUAUUGUC